AUGUUCGAUAAAUCCACAAAGCUGGACCCGGUCUCACGUAUUAUAACAAAGCCCCGACCCUCAUUUGUGAGCAGCGACAGAGUCGCAGCACCUCCCCUCAAGCCGCAACUCCCGGCACCACCUUACAAACUGCAACUCCCAGCACCGCCCCACAAGCUGCAACUCCUGGCACCGCCCCCACAAGCUGCAACUCCCGGCACCUCCCCUCAAACUGCAACUCCCGGCACCGCCCCACAAGCUGCAACUCCCCUCAAGCUGCAACUCCUCGGCACCGCCCCUCAAGCUGCAACUCCCGGCACCGCCCCACAAGCUGCAACUCCCGGCACCGCCCCUCAAGCUGCAACUCCCGGCACCGCCCCUCAAGCUGCAACUCCCGGCACCGCCCCUCAAGCUGCAACUCCCGGCACCACCUUACAAACUGCAACUCCCGGCACCGCCCCUCAAGCUGCAACUCCCGGCACCGCCCCACAAGCUGCAACUCCCGGCACCGCCCCUCAAGCUGCAACUCCCGGCACCGCCCCACAAGCUGCAACUCCCGGCACCGCCCCACAAGCUGCAACUCCCGGCACCGCCCCAGCGCACUCCCGGCCCCCCUCAAGCUGCAACUCCCGGCACCGCCCCUCAAGCUGCAACUCCCGGCACCGCCCUCAAAGCUGCAACUCCCGGCACCGCCCCUCAAGCUGCAACUCCCGACACCGCCCCUCAAGCCGCAACUCCCGGCACCUCCCCUCAAGCCGCAACUCCCGGCACCUCCCCUCAAGCCGCAACUCCCGGGCACCUCCCCUCAAGCCGCAACUCCCGGCACCUCCCCUCAAGCCGCAACUCCCGGCACCUCCCCUCAAGCCGCAACUCCCGGCACCUCCCCUCAAGCCGCAACUCCCGGCACCUCCCUCAAGCCGCAACUCCCGGCACCGCCCCACAAGCCGCAACUCCCGGCACCGCCCCUCAAGCCGCAACUCCCGACACCGCCCCUCAAGCCGCAACUCCCGGCACCUCCCCUCAAGCCGCAACUCCCGGCACCGCCCCUCAAGCCGCAACUCCCGGCACCGCCCCUCAAGCUGCAACUCCCGGCACCUCCCCUCAAGCUGCAACUCCCGGCACCGCCCCUCAAGCUGCAACUCCCGGCACCUCCCCUCAAGCCGCAACUCCCGGCACCACCUUACAAACUGCAACUCCCGGCACCGCCCCUCAAGCUGCAACUCCCGGCACCGCCCCUCAAGCUGCAACUCCCGGCACCGCCCCUCAAGCUGCAACUCCCGGCACCGCCCCUCAAGCCGCAACUCCCGGCACCGCCCCUCAAGCCGCAACUCCCGGCACCUCCCCUCAAGCCGCAACUCCCGGCACCGCCCCUCAAGCUGCAGGAAGGCAGAUUCCAAGUGUGUUGCCCUUUAA